UGUGUAUUUCCGUGUCUUGACCCGGUCGCCGGUACCUGUCUGUCCGCCCAUCAUGACGUCAUCUUUACACGCAAUCUACCGACUGUCGGCGGAUCGCUGGCUGCAGCCAAGACGAUUGGCACGAAUGUCGCGUGUUUGCGGGGCCCUAGAGACAUGACAACCAACGGACCAUCCUCUCCCACUCUUCGUCCCACCACCGACGGGUGUGGUCUGUUGUCUGGGCCAAGCGAAAGUACCAAGUCGAGAGGAGGAGACGCGAAGUUGUCCCCGAACCGACGACCGACCGACCGACCGACCGACCGAUCGCCGGUGCUGCUAGUGUCUGAUUGGCUGGUCGGCUGGCUGGCUGGUCGGGCGGACAAUCAGGGAGUGUCCGAGGUGGUUAGCCCGAAUGCCGGUUGUGGGCCACCAGUUGGCGCAUGUGUGUUUCGCCGCGCAGGCGCCGUGGUACGAAAGGAGGGUCUCGAGGAGAAGAGGGACGCAGAGCCGGACAGACUGGCCGGGUUGGGCAGACAGCUUUCUCAAUUGUGUACACGUUGA